AAUUCUGAAAUUCUCCCCACUCGGCACCAGCAACUCUGUCUCUCUGUCUCUCUCUCUGUUCUUCUUCUUCUUCUUCUUCUUCUUCUUCUUCUUCGGGCGAUGGAUCGUGCGCAGCUUCUUCUGUUUGGGUUGCCGAUCUUCAUUUUCUUCUCGGAUCUUGUAAGCAUCUUCACGCCACCGCAAUCAUUGCCUCCAAAAUCAAACCACAAUCACCCCCAUCUCCAUCAACAGCGUCCCCAACCCCAUCUUGGCGUCUCACAGACCCUAAAUUUUCCUAUACAGAAAGCGAGUGGAUUUGGAGGAAUCGGCGUAGGCAACACCAUCAACAUUAAUUUCUGGUCUUCUUGUUCCUACAGGUUCAUCUUGGUGGUAUCAUAUGAUGGCACUCGGAGACCCUUGGAGAAAAAUAAAGACCUUGAAGACCCUAGUUAUAAUUUAAUUAUUGUAUUUCUUUGAUGUAAAGGGUCUGUAAUAGUAAUUAGGACUUAUGGCUUGUAAUAAUUGCAUGCAUCACCUGCUUGAUUUAUUAUGUAAGCUCAAACCAGAUACAAACCAAAAAUGACCAUAGAAAGACCUUAGGGUAUCUUCAAAUUGAACCCUAAGUGACCCGAGGACACACACAUUUACACAUUUAUUUGUUAGGCACUUGAAGAAGGCUUGUAUGUUUCAAAACGGGACCGAAAUGCACACAUGGUGCACUUUCGGUCGACCGGCCAAGUUAGUUCAAAAAGCCUUGAUUGACCCAAACGUCCCUAAGUCAAAAGUUUAACCAUCUGGUUGACCGAAUCAAGUAGUUCAAAAGGCCCUGGUCGACCGAACUAGGUUGUUCGAAGAGACCUGGUCGACCGAAACCCUCCUUGGUCAACAUUUGACCAUCUGGUCGAUCGAGCACUUUUGUUCUCCAACUACCUGGUCGAUUGAAGGGUCCUUGGGAGAAAUCCCAGCAGUCUGGUCGACCGAACCUCAGAAAAUUGAGAAAUCUCCUUCUCCUGGUCGACCAAGACCUCAGUUCAAAAGUCCCUUGGUUGACCGAACCAUAUGAGACUUGGUCGACCGGACCUCUCGGGUUGCCCUGAUUUUUACCGCAGUUAAAUAUUUUUUAAAUAGGGUUAAAAUAUUUAAAAGGUCAUUUAUCUUUUCUAAUUAUUCCAAGUGUGUCCCCAACGGUCAUAUUUUGUGGGGUAUCUAUAUAUAUCCCCUCAUUUGGGAUAAUUAGUAAGGGAUUAAAAAGAUUGAUUAAGAGAAAUUCUCUAAAUAUCCCAAAACCUAUAAUACUCUUAUCCUAUCCCCAUUCACUCAUACUUACCUUCUUCGAUUUCUUAAAACUUAUGUAAGUUGAUUGAGUGUUUAUAUUAAUAGGUUUGCUUUUCCAUUCAUAUUUUAUUGAUUUAUUUUUAUUGAAAGCUAAACCUAAGUAUUCUUAAGAGACUUUGUUAAUAAGUCUAUCCUAAGAAGACUUUCAUUUGAUGUUCUAAGAUUGUACCUUCAUUACAACAUCUUGAGAAGAUUGUAUUUAUUUUUGGUUACAAAAUAUUUUCAAAAUACUUGCAAAUAUCUAGUGUGUUUUAUCUUGAUAAAUCUUUGAAGAGAUAUUUGUUUGUGUGAGGA